AUGUUACAGAAAGGCUUUUAUCUGGUUUGGCUUCUGUUAUUAUUUGGGUUGAGCAGCAGUGGAGCGCUGAAGGACCCUCAUCCAGAGCUUUCCGAUCAGGAGCUUUUCUGGGGAGCCGAUCAGUAUGACUUUUCCAUCAUGCUGCGUGCUGGAGACCUCCAGUGCUUCUGGCAUUUUGCUCACUUCGGCGAGCGCUUCUACUUAAACUUCAUGGUCCAGCUGGUGACUGGUGUGGCUCUGGACAGACAUCUCUCUGUGACUGUUAAUGCUCCGAGCGGUUUAAUAGUCGGCACAGUUGACGAUGCAAGUGGUCAGAUCGCCUUCAGUGUUCAGGAGACAGGUUUUUAUCAGAUGUGCUUCAGUAAUUUCCACAAU